AUGCGGAAGGCGAUGGGGAGCGUGGACGAUCUGAUCGAGGAGGCCAAGGUGCGCACCGUGGCCUGGGCUCUCGGCAUCUUCGCCAUCUCCUACUUCCUCACACAUACAAGUAAAUCAAUGUGGACAAAUGUCCCCAUGUCGAUUCUUAUACUUGCAUUUCUCCGUUACGUCUCCUUCAAAGUGGAGUUCCGUUGGAGAAGUCAGCCUGUAUCUAAGCAGACAUAUUUGUCUCAAGCGUCAAAACGACAGUUGUCUGCUAACGAUCAUCGGAUUUCAACUGUGCCACCAGUUUCAAGAUGGAGAAGGAAAGUUGAUUCGCCUGCUGUUGAGGCUGCUUUUGAAAGUUUCAUUGAUAAUGUUCUCCGGGACUUUGUCAUGGACUUGUGGUAUUCUGAUAUUACUCCUGAUAGAGAGGCCCCAGAACUGAUACGUGGCUUAAUACUCCAUGCCCUUGGUGAAGUAUCAGGCAGGGCGAAGGAGAUGAACCUAGUUGACUUGCUAACAAGGGAUAUGUCUGAUUUGAUUGGAAAACAUGUGGAUAUGUUCCGAAAAAACCAAUCUGAAAUUGGUGUUGAUGUCAUGGGAACAUUGUCUUCCGAGGAAAGAGAUGAGCGACUGAAACAACACCUAAUAGUUUCACAGGAACUUCACCCUGCAUUGUUAUCUUCGGAGCACGAAUACAAGGUUCUUCAAGAGCUAGUUGGGGGCAUUAUGGCCCUAGUGCUGAGACCACAAGAUGCACAGAGUCCAUUGGUCCGCUGCUUCUCCAGGGAACUUCUGACUUGCUUAGUCUUGCAGCCAGUGAUGAACUUCGCAAGUCCUAUUUAUGUGAACGAGCUAAUUAUCUGCUUUCUAAACAACAAAGACACAAACAUUGGAGGCAGCGUAAACAAGACUAGUACUGUAGUCGCAGUAACAAAUGAUCAUUCAUCUUAUAAAGGAGGUUCGCAGGGUCGUCAAAUGGAAUCACAAAAGUUGUCUGCAGAAUCAAGUGGCUCAGUACUAGCAAGUAGCUCCGGGAUGACUUCCGUUGAGGGUGAUAAGUCAAAAGUGUUAGUGGAUGACCAUGGGAAGACCGUCCAGCCUCGUCAGGCAGAUUGGGCACUGGUAUUAGAUGCAGCUACUAAAAGGCGGUCUCAGGUUCUUGCUCCGGAGAAUCUUGAGAACAUGUGGGCUAUUGGGAGAAACUACCAAAAGAAUAUGGUGAAAGUGGAACGUCCAUCAAAAGGAAAAGGUGCAGGAGGGGUAGAUAGCGUUCGAAAUGCGGUAGUGGCCGGAAAAGAGUUAUCCCCUAACUUCAACGAGAGAGUUACAUCGGUUGAUGACAAAUACAUGGUUAAUUUGAUGCAAGGUUCAAAUAGGAAUGCUCAGUCCACUUUUGUUACAGGCAGUCACCCACUUGUUUCGCAAAAUACAGAUGAAGUAAAGUCAGAGCACCCUGAAGCUGUCAAGAACACAAAAGCUCAGCUAAAGCGGUCUAAUAGUAGUCCUGAUAUGGAGAAAAGACAUUUGGCCAAAAGUAAUCAAACCGCGCUAUCCAGUGAAAGCUUGAAUGCAAGGACCAUUCGAGAGGACAAAGGUUCUGUUCCUUCCUCACAUGGUGAGGUACUAAUGUAUGCUCCAAAGAUAAGGUGUCGGGUAGUGGGUGCAUAUUUCGAGAAACUUGGUUCAAAAUCUUUUGCAGUUUAUUCUAUUGCUGUGACUGGUGCAGAUAACAAGGCCUGGUUUGUGAAAAGAAGAUACCGGAAUUUUGAGCGUCUUCAUAGACAACUGAAGGAAAUACCAAAUUACUCACUGCACUUGCCUCCAAAGAGUUUCCUUUCGUCUAGUAUUGAUGAUUACCUUGUGCACCAACGAUGCAUUCUACUGGACAGAUAUCUUCAAGAUCUCUUGUCGAUCGCUAAUAUUGCAGAGCAGCAUGAAGUUUGGGAUUUUCUUAGUGAGUCCUCAAAGAAUUACUCAGCUGGAAAGUCCACCUCUGUUAUCAAAACCUUGGCUGUUAACGUUGAUGAUGCCAUGGAUGACAUCGUUCGACAUGUUAAAGGAGUUUCAGAUGGUCUAAAACGCGCAGUCGGCACAUCGUCCCCUAGCGCACCGUAUUCACACUUGACAGAUAAUAGGAUGUCUCUAUCUUGGAACCAGGAAGAGACAGAUAAUCAGAAUCUGCAGAAUAGAAAUUUAGGAAGUUCACAUAGUCUCUCUGAUGGUGAUAGUAACUGUGAAGAUCGCCCCUCAUCUGUAAAUAGUGCAUGCCACUCGGACAAUGAAUUGAGCAAUGGAGGGUUCAUUUCAAGUGAUAUUAAGCACAAUGAAGCAACUGGUUGUGAUGUACAAGUAAACCAACAAAUAGAAAAACCUGCAAGGGCAAAUUCGGAUUCUACAAACAUGUCAUCUGUAAAACCAUUUGAGGAUCCAUCAGGAAUUCCUCCCGAGUGGGUGCCAACAAAUGUCAGUGUGCCUCUAUUGAAUCUUGUAGACAAAGUGUUCCAACUAAAGCGACGGGGUUGGAUAAGAAAACAAGUUUUCUGGAUAUCAAAACAAAUCUUGCAGUUAGUCAUGGAAGAUGCGAUUGAUGAUUGGAUUUUAAGACAGAUCAAUUGGCUCCGACGAGAUGAGGUCAUUAUACAAGGAAUCCGUUGGAUUCAAGAUACCCUCUGGCCUAAUGGUGUGUUCUUCACCAAGUUGGAUGGAUAUCAAGGAAAUGCAGGUAGCAGUCAAUUUGACAAGCACCCAUCAGGGAGUGCCGAUGAGACUAUUGGCAACAGAAAGAGCAACGCGAGCUCUUUUGAGCUUCAACUGGAGGCAUCUAGAAAUGCCAGUGAAGUUAAGAAACUUCUUUUAGUGGGACUCCAUCUACAUUAG